GCCUCCUCCUGGGGAGGGAAUGAGGAGACACCUCUGUGAGGAAAAUGCGCGCGAAGUGACGCGACACGCGCCGCUCUACAAGUGUUUGGACCAUUUUCCACGAACAGCGCGAGGACCGGGGCGCGAAAACGACUCGCCCUUUUGAGGGGACAAACAUGACUGUGGUGCCCGGGGAGAACCUCGACGAGACUGUGGCAUUGACAGUCCUGUCCCAAGAUGUUUACGAACCUGAACGGGCAGAUCAGGAGUGUUGCGAGCGGGUGGUCAUCAACAUCUCCGGACUGCGCUUCGAAACCCAACUGAAAACCCUGGCGCAAUUCCCUGCCACCUUACUCGGUGACCCCAGGAAAAGAAUGCGCUUCUUCGACCCUCUGAGGAACGAGUACUUCUUUGACAGGAACCGACCGAGUUUUGAUGCCAUCCUCUACUUCUACCAGUCUGGAGGCAGGCUGAGGAGACCCGUCAAUGUUCCCGUGGACAUAUUUAUGGAGGAAAUCAAAUUCUACGAGUUGGGAGAAGAAGUCAUAGAGAGUUUUAAGGAGGACGAGGGCUUCAUCAAAGAGGAAGAGCGACCUUUGCCAGUAAACGAGUUCCAGAGGCAGGUUUGGCUGCUGUUCGAGUAUCCCGAGAGCUCUGGACCCGCGAGGGGCAUCGCAAUAGUGUCAGUGCUCGUCAUUUUGAUAUCAAUUGUCAUAUUUUGCUUGGAGACUUUACCUGAGUUUAGGGAGGACGGGAAAAUGCACGAGCGCAUCGUAAUAAACGGAACUGCCAGUUUAAAGAAACCCAAUCCCUUCACAGACCCCUUCUUUAUCGUGGAGACCCUUUGUAUCAUCUGGUUCUCCUUUGAACUUCUCGUGAGGUUUCUCGCGUGCCCGAGCAAGCCAGCCUUCUUUAAGAAUAUAAUGAACACAAUCGACAUAGUGGCCAUUAUUCCCUACUUCAUCACCUUGGGUCUGGAGUUGGCCGAGCAUCAGGCCAACGGCCAGCAAGCGAUGUCUCUGGCCAUCCUGAGGGUCAUUCGCUUGGUGCGGGUGUUCCGCAUAUUCAAGCUCUCCAGACACUCGAAGGGGCUUCAGAUCCUGGGAAAGACCCUUCAAGCGAGCAUGCGAGAACUGGGUCUCCUCAUAUUCUUCCUCUUCAUUGGAGUUAUACUGUUCUCCAGCGCCGUGUAUUUCGCCGAGACGGACGACCCCGAGUCGGGGUUCAGCAGCAUCCCCGAUGCCUUCUGGUGGGCAGUGGUUUCCAUGACAACUGUAGGCUACGGGGACAUGUGCCCAGUCACCAUCGGUGGCAAAAUAGUGGGCUCUUUAUGUGCCAUAGCUGGUGUGCUCACCAUUGCUCUACCAGUGCCCGUCAUCGUGUCCAAUUUCAAUUACUUCUACCACAGGGAGACCGAGCACGGGGAGCAGAUGCAAUACACACAUGUAACGUGUGGUCAGCAGCAACCCUCGUUUGAGGAAUUUAAAAGGAGUGACAGCAAAACAUCCCUUUCCAAAUCAGACUAUCGGGAUUCAGAGGAUGGGGAUUCAGUCAAAUACACCAACUGCAGCCCGCGUAAAGCAUAUGCAGGGAAGCUUACUGAUGUAUGAAUGUUGAAAGACAAUUAUAGACCCAAAGAAGCGAACCUUUCUCUGUGACUGUGAGUACAUCCUCAUCCCUCGCGCUGGCUUGAGUAGAAGUCCGAUAAUCUGCGUGGAACAAGGACUUCUGGAGCGGAUUUUGCUAUAACGUGAUUGUUCGAUUGUUUUCCAAACUGUCUUCCAUUGUUGUGAUCGCCGAUCAUCGAAGCGCGAGACGUAGGCUAGCUGUAGGCGCAAAUAUAAAAUAAACAAAUAGGAAAAAAAAAUAUAUAUAUAUAUAUAACGUAUU